AUGGCGACAACUACGGCGCCUACCGGUGUAGCAGCAGCGAAAUGGGAAAAGAAUCUGUCGGCGCACGUCAUCUGUCCUGAAUGCAAAGAAUUCCCUCCGAAUCUCGAAUUCCCCGGAUCCCAUGAAACUGUUUGCGGCUCSYGUGGGUUAGUUCUGGCCGAUCGUGAAAUCGAUAUACACUCUGAGUGGCGAACGUUCUCCAACGAUGACCAGAACAACGACGAUCCGUCGCGUGUCGGUGAAACUUCCAAUAUCUUGUUGAACGGCAAUCAGCUCGAGACGAGUAUUGCGGGUGGAGCGACUGGUGCUGCUCGGCAGUUGUAUCGUGCUCAGAACAAGCUCUCGAAUGAAAAGAACAAUAAAGCGCUCAUGGCUGCUUACAAGGAGAUUGGUGCCUUGUGCGAUGGUUUUAACAUUCAAAAGAUCGUUGCGGAUACCGCCAAGUACCUGUUCAAGAUUGUGGAUGAUCACAAGGCUUUCAAGGGAAAAUCUCAGGACGUAAUUAUCGCUGGCUGUAUAUUUAUUGCUUGCAGGCAAUGCCAGGCUCCCAGAACGUUUUCCGAAAUCUUUGCAGUGACCAAAGUGUCACGGAAGGAAAUUGGGAGAAUCUACAAGUCCCUUGAAAAGUUCUUCACGGCGCAGAACAUCGAACGUACGGCUAUAGUCGGAUCUGAUGCGGGCUUCAAACAAACCUCCUCGACCAAACCGAGUGAUCUUUGUGAACGUUUCGGUUCAUUCUUGGGCUUAGAUUAUCGCACAUGGCAUGCGGCAGCCGAUCUGUCCGACAUCGUCACGAAAGCUGGAGAUCUUGCAGGUCGUUCACCACUUUCGAUCGUGGCUGCUUGUCUCUAUAUGGUUUCUCACCUUGCCGGUGUACCUAAGUCGGCUAAGGAAAUUUCGGCCGUCGUUGGUGUGAGCGAUGGAACUAUACGUGGUGCAUACAAACAACUCUAUGCUGAGAAGGAUCGCCUGAUUACCGAUGAAUUUGUUGCUAAGGCGAACGGAGACAGAGCCAAUCUACCACAGAGCUAG